UUAGAGGGUCAAAAUGAAGUCUUUAAAUAAAUAGCUUCCUUCAAUUUUUGUGGGUUAUAGAUCUGCGCAUCUCUCCUUCCGUUCUAUCAUUCCUCUCUGUAAUCUUCAAAGAGUCCAAUUAGAGGAGCGAGGGUCUGAUCUCUAGCGGCCAUGGCUGACGAUUUCGAGUUCUCUGAUCAAUCUCCUCCUUCCUUCCAGAAUAUGGGGAAUGUGAUCAAGGAUGCUGAGCCUAAAGGGUUAAACCCGGGGUUGAUAGUGCUGCUGGUUAUUGGGGGGUUACUCUUGUCAUUCCUAGUUGGAAACUUUGUACUUUACACAUAUGCGCAGAAGACCCUUCCUCCGAGAAAGAAGAAGCCAGUCUCAAAGAAGAAGAUGAAGAGGGAGAGGCUGAAGCAAGGUGUAUCUGCACCAGGAGAGUGAAAAGUUAAGACUAGUUUUAUGUUAGUCCUCUCCUUGUUGAGCUGUUGUGUUCCGAAUUUCCCCUUGAGCUGUGUCAGUUAUGUUUACCGCUUUCAUAAUUUUAGAAAUUAAAACUACAUAAUUAGAAGUUAGUAUUCUAGUUUUGGGUAGAACAUUAGUUUAAAAAUGACGAUUGUCUUUGUAAUGCGGCCCCUGUCAUGUGAGUCAUCCUCCUCUGCAUUGUUGCCGCUUGUUUCAGGCCUUGUAGAACUACUAAAUAGGCAUUUGAAAACCAAUAAACCACUAAAUUUAUCAAGGAAAAAAGGUUGUUGCUAA